AUGUCGUUACCGCUUCGAUACCCACUGGAUUCGGUGUCGUUUGAACGGGCACUGGAAGACUUGAUUGUCAGGUUUAUUAUUAAUGUGCCACCGGAGGAUCUAGCGACAGUUGAGAGGGAGUUAUUUCAUUUUGAGGAGGCUCAGUGGUUUUAUACUGAUUUUAUUAAGUUGACAAAUCCACAUUUGCCUAAUUUGAGGAUUAAAACUUUUGCAUCGUAUGUAAUUUCGAUGUGUCCGUUAAUUUGGAAGUGGCAGGAUGUGAAUCCGGAUGAAGCUUUACAGAAAUUUUCCAAGUAUAAGAAGUCUAUUCCGGUGAGGGGGGCUGCGAUUUUCAAUGAGAAUCUGAACAAGAUUCUAUUGGUGAAGGGGACGGAGUCUGACUCUUGGUCGUUUCCCCGGGGAAAGAUUUCUAAGGAUGAGGAUGAUGUGGAUUGUUGUAUUAGGGAGGUUAUGGAGGAGAUUGGGUUUGAUUUGACGAGUUAUAUUGACGAGGAUCAGUAUGUGGAGCGUAAUAUUGGGGGUAAGAAUUACAAGAUUUAUCUUGUGAAGGGUGUUCCGCAAGACUUCCCAUUCAAGCCUCAAGUAAGGAAUGAGAUUGAAAAGAUUGAGUGGCAGGACUUCUGGAAGCUGUCACGUUCUAUCCAUAAGUCCACGAGCAGCAGAUACUAUUUAAUGAGUUCGAUGCUUAAGCCUCUUUCUUUGUGGGUGAAGAAGCAGAAGCAGAUUCAGAAUGAGGAGCAGUUGAAACAGUAUGCGGAGGAGCAGUUGAAGUUACUUCUGGGUAUUGGGACUUCGCAAGAUAAUUCAGACCCGGGGAGAGACUUACUCAACAUGUUACAGUCGUCUGUGUGGCAGAAGAAGCCAAUAAAGUUGCCGGAUGAAGAGUCUCAGACGUCCAUGUCUACUACGUCUGCGCCUGCAACUGUGGUUGCGCCAUCUACUGCAAAUAGUCAGAACAUAUUACAGCCUGCUGCAACCGCUUUCUAUGGUGGUUACGCAUUUCAGUUCCCACAGAAUCCGCUUCCUGGAAUGCAGACAUUGAACCCAUUCCCAUUUGCUAAUACUUUCCCCCAGAGUAUUUCGUCUCCUGCUUCGUAUUCCAUUGUUCCGCAACAGCAACAGCAACAGCAACAGCAACAGCAUGCUUUACAUCAUGCAAAUUCACCACAACAACAACCAAAACAACAACAGGAACUGCACCCCAACCUACAAUUACAGAAUUCACUGCCAGUGUUACAAUCCCCUCAAACACCGGUUGUAAAACCAACCGUUCUGGAAGAAACGAGCAAUAAUUCGAAACAGCUAUUAGAGCUUUUGAAGAAUCAGAAAAAACCUGAUCUGGAGCCGGAGCUGGAACCUGAGGAAGAAAGUUCUGCCAAAACGCUGUUAAAAAUUCUCAAAAACUCUCCCAAGGAACUAUCGAACCGUGCUCAUAAGACUAGUUCUUUUACAAAAAAUGGACCCGCCACUCGAAUAGAACGCUCUGUAUCCGAGCAGUCAUCUGACAGUACAAAUGCAGCAGGCUAUAGGGUAACGAAGCAAAAAAGCAUUUCCUUGUACUCUCCAAGGUCUUCAUUCUCUGACGCUACGUCACCAGACGAAGUUGCUGAUCAGUAUGAAAAUUUUGAAAGCAGUUCCGAAGAGGAGGAUCUGCAAGAAGACGGGGAAGAUGAUGAAGAUGAUGAAGAUGAUGAAGAUAGAGAAGACAAAGUAGUGUAUUUUAACAAGAAGCAGCAAGACAGCACCACGGUUAUGGAAAUAAAUUCAUCAAAAUCUGAACUCUAUCCCUUGGAUGGGUUUUCACACGCAGAUAAUAGUGAGAAUUUAUCCACUAGGUCCUUACAAAGUGAUGCACCUGAUAGAUCGAAAAUAAAGCCAAAGUUUAAAUUACUGAAGCGUGGCGAGAAGCUCGCAAAUAAUAAUUGCGAUAAUAAUACCAAACCUGUAGAGACCAAUUUUAUACAAUUUAAAGAUCAAAAGGAACCGGAAUCAGAAUCCCAACAAUCGAAUGCAUCAAGCAAUGAAUUCCUCUCUAUUCUACGCAAGUCUAGGAUUCAAAAUCAAUCACAUCUUUCAGCGUCUGAAUCAACGCAUGGGUUAAUGCCCAAGACAUAUAACUCCAAUUCUGCGCAGUUUAAUAAUCCCUUGUUUGGUGCUAACCAGUUGAAAUCCGAAGAAGACAUAUCGAAUGACCGAAGCUCAUUUUCAAAAGAAAAGAACACCAAUGAAUUGUUAAGCCUUUUGAAACGUCCGCAAUUUCAUCUAAGCGAGCCACAGGUUCCUGUGAUUUCGCCAUCAACCAAUGCUUCGUCGGAGAACCCAAGCUUUUAUGCUCACUUACCAUACGUUGUACAGUCAUCUAAAUGUGAACAGUUUUCGUCACCUCAACCACCAUCGCAGACAUAUUCACCAAGUUGCUCUGCGGUUUCACAGAAAAACUCUAAAGAUCUCUUAACUCUGCUCCAGAAACCAAAAUCCGAAUCACAAACCCAGUCUUCGCAAUCAAUGUCUGUGACUCCUUCACCAACUCUAUCACCUGCACAAGAAUUACUGGGCUUAUUGAAAAAGUGA